GAAGAAGCUGUUUGUUCUUUCCUAUGAUUCUUUUGUAGAGAGCUCAUCCUUUAGCUUCUCUGUUCCUUUCACUCCUUUUCAGCUCAGCUCCACCGCCGGCCGGUAUCGCAAAUCAGAAUCGUUCUCAACGAGUGCAUAAGAAGUGAUCCCAUUUCAUUUCAUUACAGUGUUGAUUUCGGAAUCUGUAUAUUGUCAUCCAACAAAUUGUUUAUCAAUAAAUGAAGAAUAGUAUUUUGUUUUCUUGAAUUUCUCUUUCAAAUUGCCUUAUCAGAACCACCAUAGUUUGGCCGAGUCAAUCUCAUUCCUUGUUCUGUUGAAGAUGUCAUCAAUGGCAAAAGCAGUACUACAAUCUCCUAUACAUACCUCGGUUUCAUGGCCUUUCUCUCUUCCUCCCCCUCACUUGUUUAGGCCAUCCACACUUACAACGAACCAGUCUAUGAUAGGACACGGGGGAGCCUUAAUUCUGCGUCGCAGCAGUUUCAUCAUUGCUGCAGCGUCUGGAUCAUCAUCGGCUUCAGCAGUCACGCCAAGCAGCGGCUCAGCUCCACCGGUAAUUAAGAAGAGAUUGAGGUAUAGGAGGCAGUACCCGGGAGAGAAUGUGGGCAUCACCGAGGAAAUGAGGUUCGUGGCCAUGAGACUUCGCAACAUUAAUGGUAAGAAGUACAAUGGUAACAGUGAUAGUGAAAACGAGGAAAGUGGAGCUAGUGAAUCAGAAUCAGAAGGUGAUGAUGAUGAGUCGGGGACAUGGAAGCCUAGCAUGGAAGGUUUCCUCAAAUACUUGGUUGAUAGCCAGCUCGUGUUCAACAUCAUUGAGCGCAUUGUUGAUGAGUCUGAUGAUGUUUCUUAUUCUUACUUUAGAAAAACCGGGUUAGAAAGAUCAGAAGCGAUUUUGAAAGAUUUAGAGUGGUUUAGACAAAAGGGAAUGGCGAUUCCCGAGCCUACCAAUGUUGGAGUUUCUUAUGGAAAGUAUCUUGAAGAGCUAGCUGAGAAGAAUGCUCCAAUGUUCCUCUGUCAUUUCUAUAACAUAUAUUUCUCCCAUAUCUCGGGAGGUCAAAUCAUAGCAAAGCAAGUUUCUGAGAAUCUUCUCGAUGGAGUGGAACUCGAAUUUUGCAAAUGGGAAGCAGAGGUACCCGAGUUGUUGAAAGGUGUUCGGGAAAAGCUUAACAUGCUUGGAGAGCAUUGGUCUAGAGAUGUGAAAAACAAAUGCUUAAGAGAAGCAUCGAAGUCAUUCAAGCUUCUCGGUCAGCUAGUUCGCCUAAUAAUUUUGUGAAACAAGUUUUUUCAUCGUUAUCAAUUCUUCGGGUUCCAAUUUUUGUAUAUAAAGGAAGAGAUUCAACAUCACUUGAAACUAAAGUAUGAUUCUUGGUUUACCUUGAUUAUUAGUAACUCUUUUUAUUGGUUUGAAAGUAGCUAAAUUUGCUCUUAAUAUUUGUGUAUAUAUUUUUUGAACAAUUUGAAAUUAGAUUUGUAUGGUGGUUUAGAUAAAGUGAUAUGAAACUUAGCAAAUUGAGGGUACUCAAGUUUAACUUCCAA